UCAUGCCAAAUGUCUUCCCCCUACAAAAACCUCCCUCCCCCCAUUUACUUUCGGGGUCAUUUUCUCUUACGUCAUUUCCUCUGACGUCAUUGACAGCGAUCGAUAGAAUCCAAAUGGUGGUGUCACUGAAUGACAUUUCCAGGGGACUUGUGUCAAACACCAGCAGGCUUGGAAACAUUCCAGGCGGAGUGUUAGGGCCGCUGCUGGGAACUUCUGUCUUCGUGGUAACGUGCAAAAAAUAUGAAUGAAUAUAUAAUACUGUACUUUAAAUCAACAUUAUUGUUGAAACCAUUUCACUACAAUAUUGUGUGUCAAAGCCCAAGUGUUAUCGAUCGCUGUCAAUGACGUAAGAGGAAAUGACGUAAGUAAGAGGAAUUGACGUAAGAGGAAAUGACCCCGGAAGCGGAAAAUUUGAUCCCACGACGUCAUCCGCGUCAUGCUUUCUCGUGCUCCGCACUUUAUUAGACGCACGCCGGACACGCCCCCUCAGCACACCUGCUUGGAAGAUACUACAUGAAGGUCUACAUGAACCGCUUCCUUGUCCUCAUUUUGCAACUCCUGUUCCAAAGUUGUGUCCAAGCCAUCUUCUUCACCACCGAGGUGGAGCGGGCGUCGUACGCGGCCGAGCUCGGAGAGGACGUCCUCAUGGCUUGCCGGUUCUUCCCUUUGCCCCCGAACCCCCCGCAGGACGUGAUCGUGUCCUGGUUUUGGAUGGCCUCGGACUCUGUGCGGGAAGUGUGCCGGCUAGAUAACGGGGUGGAGCAGGUUGGAACGCAGCAUCCCGACUUCAGGGGCCGGGCCAGGCUUCUCACGGAGGACAUUAAAGAUGGCUGGGCCAAACUGCAGGUGUCCAGGCUUGGCAUCCAGGACUCGGGGACAUAUCAGUGCGUGGUGAAGACCAGCGAGGGGGCGGACUACAAGGACAUCAAGUUGUCUGUAACCGCGCCUUACAAGACGGUGAGCAAACACAUCCGCAAGUCGGCCGAGGGGGCGGAGCUCGUGCUCAGCUGCCAGUCAGAGGGGUACCCGGAGUCGGCAGUCAGCUGGCAGGACGGUGGCCGGCGAGAUCUUGCGGCCAACACCACCGUGCGGCCGACGCAGGAGCGCCUGUUCCGGGUCAGCAGUCAGAUACGUGUGACGUCGCUGCAGGAGAACAACUACACAUGCAGCUUUGACGAAGGCGGCUCCUCGGCCACAUUCCUCAUUCCAGAUGACGUGCAGAUACACGCCCCCGAAGGCGUAACUUUAUUUCGGGCCCUGCUGGGCGCCGGUAUUGUCAUCGCAGUCAUCUGCCUGCUGGCUUUCGUGACGCAGCGACGGAAAAAAGAAUUUAGCAGAAAAGACAAGAAGCUAAAGGACAAAGAAGAAAAGAUCUUUUGGAAACAAGAUUGCAUGGAGGGCUUUUGGAACGCUGGUCGCUCAAAGCCCCGCCUCCAAAAACACUUGGAAGAGGACGACGCCAUGUCCACAGCUUCCCUGGCGGGCUAAAGAGCACGCUGCUACACCUCCCACUUUGACCUGAAGACUUGCGGGGCUUGUCCCCAUGUAAACACAGAAAUGUGACUUUAGUUUUUUUGAAUAGUUGUGAGAUGUCACACAGUUGGCACAUUUCCUCCAAAUGGUGACUGAGAGAAAAUGUAUUUUGCUCGCAUCAUGAAAGUAUUAGAUGACAAAGUGAAAUAUUUGACUGAGUCACCAAAAUAGUUUGCCCAUUUCAACUUGUACGUAUGCAGUAUGAGUAAUACUAGUAGUGACGUGUGUACUAGGAAUGAUAAUAAUGAUAAAGAGGAGUGACUGUCAUAAAACAUUUGAGAAAAUAAACAUUUGAAAAAAAAAAUACAAUUGUUGCACUGAGAAGAGUAUUUUGUCAAGCAGCUAAAAAAAAGAAAAUAACGUUGUUGUACUAAAGCUUUUUUUUCACACUGAAUUUUUGUCAUGUCUGUGUGAUCAUGUUUUGUUUUAGUCAUGUUCGGUUUUGUUUUUGGACUUUUUGUGCACUUUUGUUUGUUUUGUCACCAUAGCAACCAUUAGUUUUCACUAAUUUCACGUUUUGAGUCACGCGCCUGUUUUCACUAAUCAUGUCUGUAGUAUUUAAGUUCAUUGUUUUCACUUUGUCUUUUUGGCGACACCCGCAUUCAUAACCCCUGACACACUCUUUAUCGUCACUCUGCAUAAAUGCCAUGUUCACAGUCCGUUUUUGUUUCAUUGUUCACAGUUUCUGUCUUUGUGCAAGUUUUGUUUUCACUAGUAUUGAAUUAAAUCAUGUACUCCCCUUCA